AUUUAUUAUGUAAUGAAUGCGACCAGUUUACUUUUAGGCUGGGCGGAAUUACUGUUUCACGUGAUAAGAAUUUUAGAUGCGCAUAUUUUAAUUCGUGGCCGGAGCAUGUGUUAUUCACACGGAUCGGCCUAUUCAUAACCAUAAUUAAGGGGUUUAUCAAUUAAGAAACAUAGGAAACAUAGUUCUUGAGUUCCUGUUGCUUAAAGGCCUUCGGUUGUUAUUUUUAUUUUUAAAUUGAUAAAUCGUAAAUAACUGAAAUGGAGUAUGAGGACGUUUUGACUAAUCAGCCCGUUGUUAUCGACAAUGGUUCUGGAGUCAUUAAAGCUGGAUUUGCUGGUGAUGAUAGCCCAAAAUGUUUUUUUCCGUCAUAUGUUGGACGACCUAAACAUGUACGCAUUAUGGCUGGUGCAGUUGAAGGUGACGUCUUUAUCGGCCGUAAAGCUCAAGAAUUACGAGGUCUCCUUAAAAUAAAAUAUCCUAUUGAACAUGGUAUUGUAUCUGACUGGGAUGAUAUGGAACGUAUAUGGAAAUAUAUUUAUGAAGAAGAAUUAAAAACUGCGUCCGAAGAGCAUCCAGUGCUCUUAACUGAAGCACCACUUAAUCCUAGAAAUAAUAGAGAAUUGGCUGCUCAGAUGUUUUUUGAGACUUUUAAUGUUCCCGCUUUAUUCGCAUCGAUUCAAGCAGUAUUGAGUCUUUAUUCAUCUGGUCGAACUACAGGUAUCGUCCUUGAUUCAGGUGAUGGCGUUACUCACGCUGUACCAGUUUACGAGGGAUUUGCCCUUCCUAACGCUAUUCGUAGAGUUGAUAUCGCUGGCCGAGAUGUCACCGAAUAUUUGCAGUUGCUUCUUCGUAAAUCAGGUUAUAAAUUCACAACAACUGCUGAAAAGGAAGUCGUUCGUAUUAUUAAAGAGAAAACUUGCUAUGUGGCAACAAAUCCAGCCAAAGAAGAAAAAGAUACGAACGGAAAAUUCGAUGACUUUACUUUACCUGAUGGCAACGUUGUUAAGUUGGGUACUGAAAGAUUUAAAGCUCCAGAAAUUCUAUUUAAUCCUGAAUUGAUUGGACUUGAAUAUGCCGGUAUUCAUCAAGUUGUUGUCGAUUCAAUUAAUCGUGUAGAUUUAGAUUUAAGAAAAUCUUUGUAUGCAAAUGUUGUCUUGUCUGGUGGAUCAACACUUUACAAAGAUUUCGGUACAAGGUUGUUGAAUGAAGUAAGAAAAUUGGCUGUUAAAGAUAUUAAAAUUAAAAUUUAUGCACCGCCAGAAAGAAAAUAUAGUACAUGGAUUGGUGGUUCUAUAUUAGCAGGCUUGAGUUCAUUUAAAAAGAUGUGGGUUUCGGCUGAAGAUUUCCAAGAAGAUCCGGAUAUUAUUCAUAAGAAAAGUUUUUAAUUUAUUUAAUAUCAUAUCCAUAACAUCACAUUUAUACUCCUUUUUUGACCUUAUUCAUAAACACUCCACUGUAAUAUUUCAUAGUUUUACAUUCCUUUUCUAGUAAUGGUUGAAAUGAUUUUGCGGAACAAUCUAGUCAACCAAAUAACAUUUGGUCAGAAUUAUAAUUAUUAUUAAUUCUUUGGCCGAAUUAAUAAAUAAGUUUUACCAUAAAUUACCGAUUUUGUAAAUUAAAUAAAAAAAAAAUUAAAUUUUACUGUUCCGUAUAUGGCUAUAUUAGCCAUAUGCAGUGUUCUUACAUAAGCAAUAUCGACCCGUGUUUUGUAAUAAAAGCAUGGUU